AUGUCCGUCCGCGUGCGCGCCGCGCGCGGGGCCCAGCUUGACCCCGGCCCCGCGCCGUUACGUCUGUGGCUGCGCGCACGCUUCAUCGCGGCGCCUCGCUCCGGCCAGCUGGCUCCCCUCCGUACAGGCGCUGGCUGCAGCUUCUGUUCGAGCGGGCCGCCAGCUCCUCCGCGACUUGCCUCCCGUGCGCGAGCCCCCGCCCGUGCUGGUGCAGGCCACCACCCCGAGCUCCCCGCUCCCCGUUCGCGCUUGCCCCGGUCGGCUCCGGCCUCCCGCCGGCUCCUGCGCCGCGCCCCCGCGCGGCCCCGGGCUCGUACCAGCGUCCUCCGCCGGGUGCCAGUGUGCUCGGCCUCGCCCGGCCGCCCCGCACCCCGGCGGCGCACCCGGUUCUGCCCCGCCUCGGCCGGCCACAGCUACGCCCGCGCUGGCUCCCCCUCGCCUCCGCCUGGCCGGAGCGCCUCCGCCAGCCACCGCCUCCCUCCCUCCACGCAACCCGGCCCGGCCGGCUCCGUGCCUCCCGGUUUCGGCUCCCCUCGCGCCGACUCGCCGCCUUGCCCACCCGCCGGCUCCCGCGGGCUGGCGUCGCCUUGCCUCGGCCGCCUGGCCCCGAUAGUCGGCGUCCGCCUCGUCGCUCCUCCGUGCUGA